GCGACGUGCGCUAAAUAUAGCAUUGCAGAAAGCGGGGUGUGGCUUGUUGGUGUGUAUAUACAAGCUCAAAAGUAGCUCAGCCCCUGACCGAGAAGCAGUCCGACCCAGAGAGAAAAAAGAAUGGGGGAGGAGUUGGCCUUCUCAGUGAAGGCACAUGUGUUCCAGAUCGACCAGCAGACCAAGAAGCGAUGGCUGCCUUCGUCUACCGCUUCAAUUCGCGUGGCCUACUACCACGAUCCCAACAGGAAAACGUACAGAAUAAUCGCCAUAGAGAACAGCAAGGCCUUGAUAAACAGCACCAUCACAGCCAACAUGAACUUCACCAAGACCAGUCCCAAGUUUGGCCAGUGGUCUGAUCACAGAGCAAACACUGUCUAUGGUCUGGGGUUCUCUUCUGAGAAAGACCUGCAGCAGUUUGUGGAGUGGUUUUCUAAAGCCAAAGAGGCGGCAAGAAAGGUUGUUGAGAAGAAGAAAAGGAAGACUGAUGAGAUGGAAAAGAUGACUUCCAACUCAUCAGCAGAGAGCAAGCCGGAGCAAGCCAUGGCCAGCUCUCCUCCAGAUGCUGCUACAGUUGAAGAAGCAGUAGUGAUGAAUGGAGAUGGCAGGAAAAGUGCCAGCAGUUCUGAGCCUCCCCCAGCAGUGAGUAGAAACGGAGGCUCAGCUGACACUCAACUAGAGACACUGAGAUACGAGAACAACAAACUAAAGUCAGCUCUGGCCAGCAGUGCUCAGAAUGUGAAGAAGUGGGAGGGAGAGAUGAAAACUCUGAAAAGCAACAAUGCAAAGCUGACUGCAGCCCUGAAAGAGAGCAACCAGCAUGUGGCUGAGUGGAAGGAGAGGCUACAGCAGUACAAAGACGAGAAUACUCAACUCAAGCAAAAGGUUUCUGAGCUGGAAUCUGGGAGGGAAGGGGCAGUGGAUAAGGAGGAGCACGAGGGACUGAAGAGGGACAUGGAGGAACUGAAAGAAGUGUUGACAGCUGUCCAGCUGGACCUGGAGGCCCGGCAGAGUGACCUGGCCCAGAGAGACUCACAACUCAAGGACACUAACGCUCAGCUGGUGGAUGCGAAGACCAGGAUAUCAGAACUAGAGGAAGAAAAUGGGCAGCUGCGAGUGAAAGAAAGUGAGCUGGAGGACAAGUUGCACAUGGCGACAGUGGCCUGUCGCAGGAAACUGGAAGAGGCGGGGGAAGGCCACGACCAGUUAGGCCAACUCUUGCAGGAAGCCAUCAGAUUGCACCAAAGCCUCACAGAUAACUACAAACUAUGA